CACCCGAAAAUAACCGGACUCAUCCGACACUCAAUAAACAUAAUAAACACCCAUACAAACUCAUCUGCCACGGAUGUGUGUAACAUCCCGGGAUCCCGCAUGGUGAGUGGCGAGCUGGCUACCAGAGGGCCAACAGGGAAAAUGGCCGUGAAUAUUCCUUGUGUUGCUGUGAGAGGAUCCACCGGCAUCAGCGUGAGCUAUGGCCCUCCGAGGUACGAGGAUGUGUCUUCCUUCGUCAAAGACGACGGCAGGAAUUGUAAGUGUAUGACAUUCAGUCCAGAUGGAAAAUAUUUCGCCUGGAUCUCUGGAGCCACUGUUAAAAUAGUGUCGUGCAGUACUUGGGCUGUCAUUGCUGUCAUUGAAAAGCCCAAAGUAUGUGCUCUUAAAUUUUCAACACUCGGGACCUAUUUAAUGACAUGGGAGCCUUUCAUCGUAUCAGCAGCUAAUCCUCAAGGUAACCCUCAGCUCCACAUUUGGAAGUCGGAAAACGGCGAGCAUGUCCAAAGUUUUACUCAAAAACGUCAAAUUGAUUGGGAGCCCCAGUGGUCAGACGACGAAAAAAUCUGCGCGAUCCUGAUCAACACGGACAUAGUAAUCUACGAGAACGCAGAUUUCGGAAAAGUCGUUCAUCGUAUAAACGUGACCAAAGUCGGAAGAUUUAAAGUAGCACCUGGAAAUGCUCCGUACUACAUUGUAAUCUACACGCCAGGUAAAACGGGACAGCCGUCGUUGGCUCGACUGUUCGAAUACCCGAAACUGGACAGCGCACAAUCCUUGGCGACCAAGAGUUUCUUUCAGUCCGACAGAGUGGACUUUUACUGGAACUCGAAGGGAACCAGUGUGUUGAUCAUGACAAGCAUGGACAUCGACAAGACCGGAGCUUCGUAUUACGGUAAGCAGGCACUACACUACCUCAGUACGAAGGGAAACACGGCGAUAGUAACUCUAGGCGAGGAAGGUCCAAUCCACGAGUUGUCAUGGUCACCAAAGGGCAACGAGUUUGCGGUAAUUUAUGGUUUUAUGCCGUCCAAAGCCACCCUGUUCAACUUGAAGUGUGAUCCGGUUUUUGAGUUCGGGAAGAAACAUCGUAAUAGCAUUUAUUAUAAUCCUCAUGGUAAUAUUUUAUUGCUUGGCGGGUUCGGGAAUUUACAAGGAGGUAUUGAGCUCUGGGACAUGAAUAAGAGAAAAUUAAUUGCUCAAGCUGACGCAGCAGAUACUACUUUGCUCCACUGGUCGCCGGAUGGUCAGCAUUUUAUGACUGCUACCACUGCUCCAAGGUUGCGUAUGGCUAAUGGGUUUAAAAUCUGGCACUAUUCCGGGACUCUACUUUACGAGAGACCGUGGAACAAGCAGGAAGAACUCUGGGAAAUCAUCUGGCAGCGGUUUCCAGUAAAUUCAUUCCCGGAACAGGAAAUUAGUUACAAGGCUGUUGAGGGUAUUGCGCCCAGUGCUCCUCAGGCUUCCAAGCAAGUCUACCGACCUCCUUCGGCCCGUGGUCGCACGAUAAACUUCAAACUGCAUGACGACGUCGACGACAACGACCCCGCGAAGAAAAACGCCGGUAAUGCACCGUCAAAAGCCAUGCUUAAGGUCAAAAAGAAGCGCGAGGCCAAGAAAGCCAAGAAAGAGUUGGAAGCUAACGCGCAGAAAAAUAAUUCUAACGGACAAGAAAAUGAUCCAGCGCCCAAUCCCACGCCGAAACCCAAACCUACGACACCUGAUCCUGAUCUCACCAACGAUCCUGAGAAAAAUAAAAAAAUUAAACUUAUUAAAAACAAACUGAAGACUAUAAAUAAAUUAAAAGAGUUGCAAGCUACUGGUAAACGAUUAGAAAAAAAUCAAGUUGAGAAAAUAAAUAAAGAAGAAGAACUCCAGCUUGAGCUUGCUGAGCUCACGUUAUGA